AUGCCUUGUCUGCUAUGCCAAUCUCUCUUGUGCUGCCUCCUCCUCGUCCUCCUCCCCUUUCCACUAGCUUCCAGUUCUGCUUCUAAUGGAGCCACAGUGGUCAUAACCAGCAGUGGCCCUAUUAAGGGCAAGCAGUUCCUGUCUGGUCUUGGAUCUGUAGCAGCCUAUCUUGGCAUUCCUUAUGCUGAGCCUCCCCUGGGGAAGUUGCGUUUCCAGAAACCUCUUCCACAUCAGCCAUGGAAGCAAACAUUGGAAGCCACCAGCUUUGGCAAUUCCUGUUCUCAGUCUAUUUACUAUGAAGACACUGCAGCAAUGGUGUGGAAUCCUAGAACACCACUGUCAGAAGACUGCCUUUCCCUCAACAUCUGGGUGCCACACCCACAACCUUCUUCACCAGUACCUGUUUUGGUCUGGAUACACGGAGGGGGAUAUGGAGGUGCCACGGCUUCUCUGGGCUUGUUCAAUGGGGCAUCCUUGGCUGCCACUGAGAAUGUCAUUGUGGUCACCAUCAAUUAUCGCUUGGGAGCCCUUGGCUUUCUUUACUUGCCACCAGUUGUACCAGGGAACCUAGGCUUAUGGGACCAACAGCUGGCCCUGAAGUGGAUAAAAGAGAACGCAGCUGCCUUUGGGGGAGAUCCUUCUCGGGUGACCAUUUUUGGCCACAGUGCUGGAGGAGCUUCUGUGAAUUUCCAUCUUCUUGCGCCAAAAAGCCAGGAUCUUUUUGCCCAAGCGGUGAUGCAGAGUGGAACGGCCAAUGCCUUCUGGGCUUGGAGGUCUCCUGAGGAAGCCAAACGUUUAUCACUGAAAUUCGUUCAUUUGCUAGGUUGCUCUGAGGACAAUAAGAUCAGCCUAGGGCAUUGUCUGCAAACAAAAAAUGUUUCUGAAUUGAUUCAGCAACAAGGCUCUCUGUUCUUGAAUGAGGACUGCCUUCUGAAUUUUCCAUUCAGGCCUACCAUAGAUGGAGACUUUUUGCUUGGGGAUCCAGAAAAGCUCGUGGAGGAGGGGCAAAUUCAAGUCAAACCUGUCCUCAUAGGAAAAGUCUCUGAUGAAGGGAGCACAUUUAUCCAUGAUCUUUUCUCUGACAUCAAGGAAAGUCUUAUCAAUCAGGAGCAGCUUCUGAAAGGGAUAAGAAUGUUGGUGCCAAAUGCACCUGAAGAUGUGGUUCAGAGUAUUGCAUUGAGGUACAGUGAAGGAAAUCACAACCCAGCAAAAUACCGCUCCGCUCUGUCCAACCUCUUCACAGAUUUGGCCAUUGCAUGCCCAAUGAUUGAAGCUGCAGGAAAUAUCAGGAAAACGGGGAGUCCUGUAUAUGCCUAUUUAUUCGCACAUCACCCUUCAAGGUCAUCUUGGCCUCAAUGGACUGGACCACAUCAUGAUGCUGAGAUUGCUUAUAUUUUUGGAACCCUUGAAUCAGUGUUUCCCGUCAAUCAAACAUACACAGAGGCUGAAGCCAGACUGAGCCGUAAGAUGAUGCACUACUGGGCAGAGUUUGCCAGAACUGGGAAUCCUACUGGGUUGGUGGCCACCAAGGAUGAAUGGCUGCUCUAUAACACCACGGAGCAGAAUUUCUUCGUUCUUAAUAGUGAGUCAUCCCGAGAAAUGGAGGAAGAGCUUGUCCACCACUGCAGUUUUCUAAAGGAGCAUUUGUCAAAGUCUGAAGACCCAUGUAAGUUCGGCUAUUUGUCCUGCCUUUGA